GCGGCGGGUGCGGGGCGCGCGGGCGCCUGCGCCGGGGGCUCCCCCACCCACCCCCUGCGGGCCGCCGGUGUUCCGGUUCCGAACCCACCCGGGGGCCAGGAUGACGAUCCGACACCAAGGCCAACAGUACAGGCCGAGGAUGGCAUUUCUGCAGAAGAUUGAAGCGCUGGUGAAGGACAUGCAGAACCCAGAGACGGGGGUCCGGGUGCAGAGCCAGAAGGUCCUGGUCACCAGUGUCCCUCACGCCAUGACAGGCAGUGAUAUUCUCCAGUGGAUCGCCCAGCGGCUUUGGAUCUCCAAUCUGGAGGCACAGAACUUGGGCAACUUUAUUGUCAAAUAUGGCUACAUUUACCCUCUGCAGGAUCCCAGGAAUCUCGUACUCAAGUCUGACAACAGCCUCUACCGGUUUCAGACGCCGUAUUUCUGGCCCACCCAGCAGUGGCCGGCUGAAGAUACAGACUAUGCCAUCUAUCUAGCCAAGCGAAAUAUAAAGAAGAAAGGGAUUUUAGAAGAAUAUGAAAAGGAAAAUUACAACUUCUUGAACAAAAAAAUUAACUACAAGUGGGACUUUGUCAUUAUGCAGGCCAAAGAACAGUACAAGACUGGGAAGGAAAGGAAUAAAGCAGACAGGUAUGCGUUGGAUUGCCAGGAGAAGGCGUACUGGCUGGUCCACCGAUGCCCUCCGGGAAUGAACAAUGUGCUGGACUAUGGCCUGGACCGAGUGACGAAUCCGAAUGAAGUUCAGGUAAACCAGAAACAAACAAUCACUGCUGUCAGAAAAGAGAUCAUGUAUUACCAACAGGCCUUAAUGAGGUCCACGGUGAAGUCUUCGGUGUCCCUUGGAGGGAUCGUCAAAUACAGCGAGCAAUUUCUGUCCAAUGAUGCCAUCAUGUCAGGCUGCCUCCCUAGCAAUCCUUGGAUAACAGAUGACACCCAGUUCUGGGACUUGAAUGCCAAAUUGGUGGAAAUCCCAACCAAGAUGCGGGUGGAGCGAUGGGCUUUCAACUUCAGUGAACUGAUCCGAGACCCCAAGGGCCGACAGAGCUUCCAGUACUUUCUCAAGAAAGAAUUCAGUGGGGAGAAUCUGGGAUUCUGGGAAGCCUGUGAAGAUCUGAAGUACGGAGAUCAGUCCAAGGUCAAGGAGAAAGCGGAGGAGAUUUACAAGCUAUUCUUGGCCCCCGGGGCGAGGCGAUGGAUAAACAUAGAUGGCAAAACCAUGGACAUCACGGUCAAGGGGCUGAGGCACCCUCACCGCUACGUGCUGGAUGCCGCGCAAACCCACAUCUACAUGCUCAUGAAGAAGGAUUCUUAUGCUCGCUAUUUAAAGUCUCCAAUCUAUAAGGAAAUGCUGGCCAAAGCUAUUGAACCUCAGGAAGCCACCAAGAGAAGCUCCGGUCUCCCAUUUAUGCGACGCCACCUGCGUUCCAGCCCGAGCCCCGUCAUCCUGAGGCAGCUGGAAGAAGAAGCCAAGGCUCGAGAAGCAGCCAACACGGUGGACAUCACCCAGCCGGGCCAGCACACCGCUCCCAGCCCCCACCUGGCCGUGUACACAGGGACCUGCGUGCCCCCGUCUCCUUCGGGUCCCUUCUCCCCCUCCUGCCGCUCCCCCAGGAUGCCUUUCCCCUCGCCAGGCCGCUUCAUCCGGAGGCCCAGCAGCACCAUCUGCCCCACGCCUAUGAGGGUGGCCUCGGAGAGCUCCGAGCAGACGGGGGCCGCUGGUGCCUCCGGGGCCUGCCCGGGGCCCUCCGACCCCGCCGGGGGUGAGGCCUCGGCCGAACACCCCUGGGUCCGGCCCAAGGCCCGCGUGGCUCUGUCCUUCAGCAGGUUUCUGAGACGGGGCUGUUCGGCUUCCCCGGUCUUUGCCAGGCUCUCGCCCAAGUGCCCGCCCGUGUCCCACGGGAAGGUGCAGCCCCUGGGGGACGUGGGCCAGCAGGUGUCACGGCUGAAAUCCAGGAGAGUAGCAAACUUUUUCCAGAUCAAAAUGGACGUGCCUACGCAGAGUGGGACCUGCCUGAUGGACUCGGAGGACACCGGGACAGGAGACGCGGGUGACCGGGCCGAGGAGAAGGAGGUCAUCUGUCCCUGGGAGAGCGUGGCCGAGGGGAAAGCUAGCUGAGCCGGGGGCGCUGGACCAAGAAGACGCUCCCGGCAGACCCUGCCAGAUGGGGCCACGGGCUCUCGAACCCGAGUGCAUUUCGAUCACAUUUGGGGCCUGGAGAGAGAAGACGGGAUGGAUUGUGGGGAAGAGUGCA